UAGUCACAAUAUUGAUAAAAAAAAAUAGCGGGCUAAAAGGAAAAAAAUAGGCGGGCUACAAGUAAAAAAAUUAGAAGGAUCAUUUAGGGUUUAAUAUUUCCAUAAUUUUUGGACUAAUAGUUAGCAAUUGCCGUUUGUGGCAUCCUCCACAAUUCUGAAUUCCUCCAAUCCACCAUUACGGAUCAUCUCUCAAUCUCUCAACUGAAGUUUUGAUUAAUCAUUCGCCGGUGACGGACGGACGAAAGGUGCACUUAUUUGAUUAGUAAUGGCAUGGUUUAGCAAUCGAAAGUGGAUGUAUGAAAAGAUUGAUAGUGACGGAUAUCUUAAUCCUGAAUAUUGUGACAAUGUGGAUUUGUUUUUGGACUUUGCAUUUUCUCAUGAGGAAGUUGUUGAUAAGAUGGUCAAUAUGCAUGGUGAGACAAUACUUGAGAUAAAAUGUCCUUGUUAUAAAUGCCAAAAUAUAAGUUAUAGAGACAGAGCCACUGUUCAAAAACACUUGUAUAAGGAAGGUUUCAUGCUACGUUACGAAAAAUGGAGUGAACAUGGCGAAAGUUCCAUCUGCGACGUUGGACAACAUUCUACUACAAUGGAAAUUGAUGAUAAUGAUGAUGCCUACAGACGCAUGGUGUUAGAUAAUAUGUAUGCAUGCGGUUAUACUUCAAAUACUUUGUGUACCUGAACCAAUCAAUCGCGAAUGGAUUUGGGUUGUAGAUGGAGAAUUUAGUAAUCAAGGGACUGCUACCCGAGUUAUUUUAUCAAAUUUAAUAAGUUUGUGGUCCGGUCCAUGGGAGAGCUGGAGACAUGUUCCCAAUGAGCACAAGACACGGUUAUUUGAGCGAUUCCAGAUGCAUUUCCAGUGGGAGGAUAAAUGGAAUGCACGAAUUCAUAGGUGCUGGGAGAAGUGCAUUGCUGGUAAAUUCCCUAAUUUGUUGCGGAACGUACGAAAUGAUGCUAAAGCUACAGCGAAAGAAAAAGGUAAAAAUGUUGGAGAGGAUAUGACCAAUCUUAUUGACUUUAAACCAGCAUGGAUAAGAUCUGAGAUAUGGAAACAAAUGCUUGACCACUGGAACACACCUAAGUGGAAAGCAAAGUCUUUAAGAAACAAAGAAAUUAGAAGUAGGGCAACUGGAGGCAAACAUACACUAGGAUCUCAAUCCUAUGCGAGCAUGAAAAGAAAAGCGGCUAAGAUACUUGGGCGUGAACUGUCAGUUCAUGAAGGGUGGAAGCAAUCACACUGCAGGAAAGGAAGUCGACCAUUGGAUAAAGAUCUAAGUUGUAGUAGUUCACUACUUUUGGAUGUUGAUUCGGAAGGGAACACUCAAGAAGAAAAUCUUGUAUGGGUUGAUGAUAGGGCAGAGGAGACUUGGGUUAAAUAUGAUGGUUUUCUUGUGGAAAAGUACGGGAAAGAACGCAUUAAACAUCCAAAAUUUGACGAAGACUUGUGGUCACGAGCUGCGGGCAAGAAUAAAGGAAAAGUGUACGGGUUAGGCAAUGUUAGUGACCCGUGUGUACAUAAUAGAGAAGACCCUGAGAUUGAAAAGUUGAACUUAGUUAUCGAGGAGCUCGUUAAGCAUAAUGAUGAAGAAAAAGAAAGGUUAGAUGGAAUUAUUGCAACGUUGUUGGCUGAAAAAGAAAAAGAUAAAGCGGAUAAAGAUGCUCUGCUCGAGAGGAUGUCACAAAUUGAAGCUAUGUUAACGGCUACAGUUCGAAAAUAGGCUAUAAACACUUGGUUUCGAAUGUUUUGAUGUUUAUCAUAUUAGGAUACUUUUGAUUGUUUUAUGUUUUAGUUGGUAUUUUUAUUAGAAUGUUUUAUAUGCUUUUGAAAAAUAGAUGUUUUAUAUAACUUUGGGAUUUUGUUAUACUAUUAGACU